AUGGCGAAGGAGGCUAGGCUACAGAGCCAUGGACAUAUUUGGGCGUUUGAGUGCAAAAAAUGGAAGGAUUCCUUGGCGGCUCACAAGUUUAUUGCCAAUACAGCGGAGCAACGUUCUGACAUAUUAGAAAGUGCCGUCCAAAGCUUGCUGGAUCACCGGAUUAGUCUUGAACCGCGCACGCUGACAGUGGCCAUCAGCUCUUGUGGGCGGGCGCGCAGAUGGCAAGAUUCACUUCACAUGUUGAACCUGGCUCAUGCCCACAAGCUGCAAGCAAAUGUAAUUGUUUGCAAUGCUGCCAUCAGUUCUGCUGAGAAGGGUUCGCAAUGGCGGUAUGCACUGCACAUGUUUGAGAAGAUGAGUUUUGAAAGACUGUUCCCAGAUUUGAUCACGUACGGUCAAGCCAUUGGUUCCCUGGAGAGGGCCUCGCAGUGGCUGUUUGCAGUGGUCAUUUUCAGUACGAUGCUUGCGCAACGGAUCACCCCUGAUGCUAUCCUUUGUAAUACCAUGAUUAGCGCCUACACAAGGGCCAUGAACUCUUGCAGAACAGGGCAGUGGCAAGGAUCAGUGCACUUGCUUGACAUGAUGUGCUCACAACAGCUCAGACCCGAUAUCAUCAGCUACAGCGUCGCAAUCAGCUCUUGCACACAAAGCUUGCAGUGGCAAUUCGCGCUGGAUUUGUUCAACACACUGCAAUCAAAACUAGUCACACCUGAUGUGAUUCUUUAUAGCGCUGCCAUCAGUUCCUGCGAAAAAGGGCAGCAAUGGCAACUGGCGCUGUGUUUGUUCGACUCCAUGAAGGCACAAGAGUUAGCUCCAGAUGUGAUCAUUUACAGUGCCGCCAUCAGCUCUUUGGAGAAAGGACUGCAAUGGAAGCUUGCAAUAUCACUCUUCAAAAUGAUGAUCCAAGAAGAUGUGCUGCCGGAUGCCGUAACUUUUAAUGCAGCUAUCAGUUCCUGCGGAAAGAGCUCGGAGUGGCAACAGGCUUUGCUUUUGCUCAGCCGCAUGACUUUGCAUGUGGUUCGGCCCACAGUGGUUAGCUACAAUGCAGCGAUGAGUUCCUGCGAGAAAGGCUGCAUGUGGCAACUAGCGGUCGAAUUGCUGAGGAUGAUGAAGCUGCAGCGUUUGGUGCCAGACAUCAUCAGCUACAAUGCUGUCAUUAGCGCCUGUGAGAAGGGCUUGCAGUGGCAAAUGGCGUUGCAUUGUAUGAGGAUGAUUGACAUUCAUUCCAUUAUGCCGGAUCUUGUGACAUACAAUUCUAUUGCAAGUGCCUGUGAGAAGGGCUUGCAAUGGGAGCGUGCUAUGCACUUGUUCAACACCAUGCGCGAUUCAAGCACGACGCCAGAUGCCAUCACUUGCAGUGCAGUCAUUAGCUCUUGCCAGAAGUCAGCUCAGUGGCGCUUGGGUGUGCACCUCUUCCAACAAAGUCUUUGUGAAGGUCCAGGAGGGGGCUUUGUGCCGGAUGUGGUGGUGCUCAAUGCAGCCCUGACGUGUGAACGCUGGCAACGUGCUGGGCUCGUGCUGGAGACCAUGAGUAUACAGCGUUUGACUCCCGAUGGAAUCAGCUACAGUAUUGAAGCAAGACUGCGGGUUGACGGCCUGCGACAAGCAUUGGAGUCAGGGCCCACCAGCCAACUGGAAAGAGAGUUGCAUCGCGCAUUCUCCAAACUGGCAGAAUUGCAGGCGCAGAAUGCCUUGAAGCUCUUUUCUCCUUGA